CUGACACAUCUGAGACUGUAGCUCGCACUGUCGCAGUGAAGUCUGAAGGCACCACAUGGCACAACUCGGAAGUUGUAAUCAGGUCCAAUGGCUUGAGCAGGAGGGAAGAGAGGCCGGGGCAGAGAGAGGAAAAGAGGGAGAGGAGAGCAAAGAAGAUCUGCGAGGGCAAGUGAGGAGCAGAAAAGAGGCCGCCCACGCAGCUAGACAAGGAAUAUGCUGGAGAAGACGACGGUUCCCCUGCUUGUGCGACGUCCACCUUAAAAUUCUGAGCAUCUUCGAGCUCCGGAACUGUUUGUCAUCUCGCUGUUAGGUCGGCUUUUGCCAGACCCGUAAAUUGCUGAGACAUUGCUGGGCCUCUGGCCACAGCGGCAACAAAGAUGGACGUGGCGGGGGCAGCCGCAGAGGGCCUCUUGCUGGCAGAGGGCCCGGGCCAGGAGGCCUUGCCCGCCCUGGAGGGGCCCCAAGAACCAGACGUGGCGCAGCUGCAAGAGCAAGUCACACAGCUGCAAGCACAGAUUAAGGCGCUGCAGAGUGAGCUGGAAGUGCGCGCCAGCGAGGCGUCCGCAGAGCUGGCCCGGCAGCGGGAGAUGUUUAAGGGGGCCAUGGCGCAGUCCGACAAGCUGGCGCAGGAGGAGCUCGACAAACGCAUCGCGGAGCACACCCACCGCGAGACUGCCCUCACCGGCGCUCUGCACGAUUUACAGCAGGCGCUCGAGGGGGGCGAACAGCAGGGCGAAACAGUGGUUGUGAAGCUGCCAAAGGUUGAUUGGGCCCGUCUCAUCCCCAUGACCAACCCCCCCCUCACCUACCGGCCUCCUCCCCCAAUCUACUCUUCCCCCCCUCCCGGUAAUCCACGAAAGCGCGGCCGCGGCAACGGCCCCGCCGCCCCCCCCAUCCCGCGGCCCACCCAGCUGCAGGCGCCUGUGCACCUGGCGGACCCCCCCCAAGCACUGGGCCCCCACGCGCGCUCGCUGCACAUGAUGCCGCAGCAUCACAUUCUGGUGUCUUCCGACGGGCACCCGAUCGGGCACCACUUUGGGCACACGGUCGGGGUGCACAGCUCGUCUCAGAUCCUGGCCGCCCCCCUGUUACCAAACCAAAUGCGGUCCCCCCAGAAGAGUGCCCGCCUGCCGCAGGCCCCCCUCCAGAGCGCGCACAUCCCGGCGCACUACAGCGGGGCGCUCAUGGUGGCACCGCCGCAGGAGGAGGAGACGGAGGGGGAGGGGGCGGAAGAAGAGGAGGAGGAGGCGCGGGACCCGCACAAGGACAGCAAGAAGUGCCGGCAGGCGGGGUGUGACAAGUACGCGAGCUACAGCCUGGACAACGAGCACGACCGCACGCGCAUGUACUGCAAGGCGCACAAGAAGCCGGGGAUGGUGAACCGCAAGAACAAGCGGUGCCAACACGUCGGCUGCACCAAGGGCCCCGUGAUGAGCUUCCCGGGGGACAAGAAAGCGACGCGGUGCAAGGCGCACAUGCUCAAGGGCAUGGUGGACGUGAUCAACAAGCGGUGCAAGUUCGAGGGCGGGUGCAGCACGCAGCCGUCGUACGGGUUCGCGGGGGAGCGCCCCAGCCGGUGCAAGGAGCACAUGCUGCCGGGAAUGGGCAACACGCGCUCGCGCCUGUGUGCGGAGCCCGAGUGCCAGAUCCGACCGCUGUUUGGGUUCUGGGGGGAAACGACGCCCAGCCGGUGCAAGGCGCACUGCCUCCCGGGGCAGACCAACAUUCUGCACCUCCAAUGCUCCCACCCCACGUGCCACCAGAAGCCCGUCAUCUUUGGUUUGCCCGACGACGCCAAGCCGCGGCGCUGCGCUCAGCACGCUCUGCAAGGCAUGGUGGAUUUCCGGCAGAAGCUAGUUACGAUCGCGGCCCCGCAGCCGGCGGAGGUGCCGGAUGCGCCGGCUGCUUUACCGCCCCAGGCAGCUGACAUAGUCACAUAGUUUUAGAUCUUAGACAGGGAAGCAACUUUCUGCGGACUCGAAGCUUACUCGAAUGCUGAGGGGCAUGUCUUUUCGAGUGAGAUUCUCAUUGACGCGUGUCUUAUGAGUUUCUUGUAAAGGUUUGUCUUGUUAACAAUCGUCCUUAGACCGGUUGCCACUUUAAGGUUGCUCAAUUUUGCCUCUCCGCAGGCACCUCAUAGUGGUGCCACUGAAUGGUUUUUCAGAUCCGAGGGUUAUUAUGUACCACCUUGUAGGACUUGC